AAACAAGAGAAAUUAUUAAGGAGAGCUGAGAUUGAACGACAGAAACUUCCCAUAAGUGAUUUUGUUUAUUCAAUCUAUUGUUUAAAGCUGAGUUUUAAAAGGCUGAUGUGUCAGGGAGGUUGUUAGUUCAUAAAGAGAAAUUCUCCUUGGCGAACCCUAGCAAGCAGCGCCGCCGACUCUUGCAGGGGAUAGCCACGAUCGUUUUUCCAUUGCUUAUCAAGUUUAAUUUUUCAAGUGGGUGCACUAGCAGUAAGAAGACAAAGGAUGUUACUAGUUAUAUUACGUUUCUCCUAGGGCAGCCGCCUCUAGGCUUUUUUUCCGAAUUCGAUCAUAUUGAUCGAAGUUCGGCUGUUCUUGUUCGCAUAUCUGGUCGCAGAACAGUGGUCUGCUUUUGGCUAAGGUAGAGCGUUCACGAGUUUUUAUCUCUAGGGUUGUGACUAUGUCGGUCGUUGGAGCCUUUUUCCGAUUUCGACUUUGUCGAAGAUCGGCUUUGUUAUCCCUUGGUCGCUGGUGCUCGACUGGAGUCCAGGUCAGACGCGGAGGGCGGAGAUCGGUGGAGGAGAGCAGAUUUGCUGUCAUGGAUCGAGGAGAUCGACGCUGUGGUCAGGGUUCGAGGAUGCGGCGUUGCUGUCGUCGUUGGAGAAGAUCGGCGCCGCCUAUCCAUUUACUUUGGUCGCACGAAGCAGAGAUGAGUUUGGUUAUGCAGAGACGGAGGAUUGAUGCAUGGUCUUUGACAACCAAAAGUCAUGGAGGAUCAAUUAACAUGGUACCAGUCGUACGACCUCCUCCUGAACCACCACCAUGGGAUGCACGAUGUGCUAAAGUUCGUGAACGUUUUUCUUGUAGUUUUUAUCUGUUUGUUAUUUAUUUUCUUGCGUCUAUUUUUGUUGUUAGGUUUGACAGUUUUUUUGAGUUUUUUGCCUCUCUUUAUAUCAUUGGGUAUGGUUGGAUCUAUGGGAAUAGGUUUGGCUGUGUCAAGCCCACUACAUGGUUAGCGAUUCGUGUUGCUCUCUCAGGGAUAACCGUCUCAAAGUCUCACCAUAGGGUUACAGUCGUAGUUGUUGGAGUUUCAGUUGGUGUCUGUUUUAUUUUCCCUUUGUUUGAUGUAAUGAUCCUGAAUCUUUUGAUAUGAAUAGAGACAUGUUUUGAUGAUAACAAAAAAGGCUGAUGUGUC